AUGUUUCGUUUCAUUCCAAGACGCUUUUUUAAUGCUGGGCUCCGUCUGCAAGAAGAAUCUUCAAGAGUGAUCAAAUCCUCCUGUCCGGCUGGGACCGUGCUAAACCUAAAUGUUAAGAAGUCUGGCAAGGAUCCAAUCGCAUUAGAAGAUCAUGAAUACCCAGCAUGGCUUUGGGAAGUGCUGGAUAAAGAAGCUCAGGCCAGAAAACUGGCAGAAGAUCCGCUGAAAUUAAGGAAAAAGCAGAUUCGAAAGGCCAAUCGAGCACGGAUCAAGCAAAAUAACUUCCUGCAGCAACUGUGA